GGACUCUCCGUUUUAUGGUUUUUGGAUCGUGGUUACAGGUUAUAUCUAUUCUCCAUAGCGGCGAGUAUCGACGUAGAGAUCCGAAGGAAAUAUUCUCAGUUUCGUCGUAUAAUUAAGUGUCUGAUAUUCCACAAAGGUUAAAUAAAUACUGCGAAAUUUUUAUAUCCUUCGGAAAGAAUUGUAAAAGUCGUAUCUCCAGAUAUCCAAAACACUUCGGAACGUCUCGUAAUUAGAGGUUAAGAUUAGAAUGUCUGGGAUCGACGAGCGGGUCGACGAAUUGAACAAAAAGUUUCUAGAGUUCGUGAGCAAACCGGAAAACGUCGACGCGGCAUCUAAAGAGAUAUACGAGGAUCUUUUGGACGAGGUGAUGAUGGGCUUCGUUUUUGACGUUCACAGAACCGUGAAGACAGGCAGUUCGGACGUCGAGGAGGGCAUUCCCGACGAUGAGUCAUACGCCAUAGUCGACCUGCCGGGUCUCGACGUCUUUGGCCAGCAGGCGAUAAAGAAAUCGCAGGACUGCGCCUGCCCCAACUGUGAUCGGGGUGUUGCGGCCUGUCGCUUUGCCACGCACCUGGAGAAGUGCAUGGGAAUGGGGAGGAACAGUUCAAGGAUAGCGUCAAGACGGAUCGCGAACAGUUCCAAAGACCUGAGCACCCUAAGUGGCGUCCUAAGCGACGACGACGACGACGUCGACUGGAGCCUGACGAACGACAAGCGGAAAAGACGCAAGGAUCGCAACGGGCUAAAAAAAUCCAAGCAGAGCAAGAGCGUUCAUAGAAACGGGGACACCGGCUCCGCCGGAGGCGAAAACAACCACACUAGCAACGAGAACUCUCCCUCGAACUACGAGAACAUGUCCGUUGAGGACAAACGCGCCUUGCUGACACAAAUCUGUGGGGUCGUUUCCGAACACACUAAGAAACUAUGCACGAGGUCGAUGCGCUGUCCACAGCACACCGACGACCAGCGGAAGGAUAUGCGUGCCAAUCUUGAGGCAACCAACAAUGGACAUUCUAAUCAGGACAAUCUUCACGUCGACGUUGACACCUACGAAGAAGGCGAUGGCCAGAAUUUGAGGGACGCCUUGGCCAGGUGGGAUCUCGAGGUUUCCAGCCAUUCCAGUCCCGCGGAUUCUGCAUCCACGACCUCCACGUCAUCCUCCAGUAGGAAGCGGGAUUCCAAGUCCAAGGGAAAAGGAAAGGGGUCGAAGCGAGACAGGGGAUCUCCCAUUUCUCAAGGCGAUUAACUGGACCUCUUGAUGCAAUGAACUUGAGGAAACGCUUGCAGCUCUGCAGCUCUGGAAUGUCUUCGUGAUCAUGAGUGGCGUCAGAAGUGAUGGGAAAUGCUUUUAAACUGGAAAGCAAAUACUUGUCGCCGUAGUUGAUAAUUCAAUGAUUGAUAGGCGAUAAGUUAAAUGAAUAUUACAAAUAGUACGAUAUCUCUGAUUACAUGUAAAAUAAGUUUUUUCACACAUUAUUUAUUGGUAGAUCGUAUCAUAUUAUAAGUGGAAUGACGUAAUUGAUAGCAGACUAAUGAUUGAGGAAGAACUUUUUCGCCCCAUUUUGUCAACGUCAAUAUUUUCGUCAUCGUUGUAACUUUGAAAAUAUAUCUCCCUUACAAAAUCUUGAUGAUAAUUGCAAUCGGACGAAAAAUCGUCGGGAUGAGAAUAAUUUGAACAGUAGGGAACCGAUAAAGGAUAUUCUGGAAUCGAUCAAAGUCCUAUGCUUUCUGCGCUCGAGUUUGACUAGCAAUAAUUUGAAACUGGUUUUCGCAUUAUGGGGUGAAAAAACACAGACCAGUGGUCGGAACGUCGCAUUCAGAAAUAAACACGUCUUUCGAUCGAG